AUGUCCCUGCGUACGAUCCUAUCGAAUUACGGCUUCGCCUUGCAACGAGAGCUUUUCCCCACGCUCGAAGAAGAACUCGGUCCCUUGGGCGAGCGCUACGAGUUAUUCGUCACGGUGCUCGGGUUCGUGCCGGUUGAGCCAUUCCUGACGUGCUGGCGUGGCUUGCCGGGGCGCCCGCAGGCGGAUCGUGCGGCGCUGGCACGAGCCUUCAGCGCCAAGGCGGUGUUCGCCAUCUCGACCACCCGCGCGCUCGUUGAGCGCCUUGUCAUCGACCGGCCGCGGCGUCGCCUGUGCGGCUGGAGCCAGGGCGCGGCGGUCCCCAGCGAGGCGACCUUGUCGCGGGCCUUCAGCGACUUCGCUGACAGCGCCUUGCCAAGCCGCCUGCACGAGGCGCUGAUCGACAAGACCUUUGCGCGAUCAUCUGGUCGGCCACGUCUGACGCGAUUCGACGGCGAUCUUGGGGCGCGAGAAGCCAGCCCCGAAGCCGCACCAAGCGGCUACGCCGAAACGCCGCCGCGGACGACCGCGCAAGGCUGA